AUGAACGUUUUGGUUCUUUUUAUUUAUGUAAACAAUGACCAGAACGACGCGCACAGAAUGUGCCGCCGGUUCCGAGUUUUCACCACGUCUACCCCUACCAUAUUUUGCAAGAUUUACAACCUAGUCGGGCGGCCGGUGGACGAGCUACGACCUUUGACUGACCGAAUUAUUCUGGUGUUUGACGUUCGUCGAGUUUUGUCCACCGGUGUGCAUAUAUUUUGCGCGAUCACGUGUUUUCCAGCAGUCGAUCGCAAUAUUACGCUGUCGAAGAUUUUUGAAAUCGUUUUAUCGGUUUCCGGCCGAUCCGGCCCGUUUGUUGAGACGACGACGACGACGACGACGUUCGGCACCGUUCCGUCUCCAACUCCAAGCGCGUUCGUUUGA